UUUUCUUAUUAUUAUUAUUCAUUAUUUAAUUAUUAAUUUUAAUUAUUUAACUUUAUAUAUGUAUAUAGUAUAACUUUAUUUUAACUAAAAUGCGGGUACACAAUUUACUAAACAGUGAUUACUCCACUAGGCUCGCAGCCCUGUAUCGUAGUAGUCGGCGAGUGGCUAAUUAAGUUAGUCCAUAUUUAUUGCCAUUUGCAAUCCGGUUCUUAUACAAUUUUAUCAUUAGGUACUCGAAAGUUAACUUUAUUAUUUAUUAGUAAAUAUUUUGUGAUCAUAUUUUUUGCAUCUUCAUUAUCUAAGACUUUUAUUAAGAAAAAUAUUUCUGGGGUUUAACCCUAAGAACAAGGUCGAAAUCUUUAGUUUAACACUAAGAAGAAGGGUUUACCGUAUUUUUUAUAAAAACUAAAACUUCUUACAGACAUAUUUUAGCUAUUGUGUUUAAUGAAUUGACAUUUGUCAAGUUUAUUACUUAAUUAGUUGAAUUAUAUGUAAACAUGGGCCAAAGCGUAGAGCAAUCGGAAUUAAAGUCGUACAGUACGACAUCUGGUUUGCGAAACAGCUUAGAUUCUUCAUUUGAAACCACUGGUAAUCCACCAGCCCCGCAAAUCACAUGCAGCGACUUUGGUGAAGGGUCUUGCGGUGAGCCACUGCUGGCUCAGCACUUAGUUAUAGAUUUUUCUCCAACCGAAGAGCUGGAUAACGAUGUUGUGCAAAAAAAAUGUUGUGCUUUCUGGAAAUUCAUCCGGAGUAAUCCGGAGCUGCAAACUAUGAUGAAAGACGCAAAACCAAAUCAUUACGCCAAUACAUCUGUGUCAAGCCAUAAUACAUAUCAAGAGGAGAAUGUAGAACUAAUUAAAGAGCCCGAAGUGAGAGAAACAACGGCAGUAUCUAUGCUGGAAUUCGUCGAAAAAAAAGGUCAAUGGAACCUCCGGGACAUCCUCCAGCUCUCGGCCACUGUAUCAUGCAAAGAAAUUCCCACGCUUGAUGGCAUUCAUAUUUUAGCAUACUUGCAUUAUUUUGCUACUAUACUUAGUUCAGUUUUUACUUUGUUGCUUUAUAAUGUAAUUAUACUCAUAAUUUACUCAAUUAUUCUUUUACUAUUUAUUUGAUAAAUAAAAUAUUUAAAAGACAGGCUUUUUCAGACAGAAAAAUUUGUGACACUGCGACCUUUCCAUGAUAUUUUGAGCUCGCCCUUUUUUAAAGUGCGCCGGUAAUUCCUAUCAGCGAUAGGAAUUUUAAGAUGUUUUUUGUAGCGAUGUUUUUAUCUCCCCAGAAUAUAGAGUGUGUUUUUCAUAGGAGAUAUAUCGUUUAUGUAUUUGUGGGCUGCAGCUACGCAUUAAGUGCUGCGGCGUUUCUUCCUCAUUGUGACAAAAUAUGCAAACGCUUUUUGGGCAUAAGUCCAGUUGGGCCAUAUGCUUGUUUAGUUUGCAGUAUCCAGCGAGAGCCUUUGUUAAUACACAUUUUUACUUACUUUCUCUCUCACACAUUUUUUUUAAUAUAUGUACUAAGACACGUUGUAUAUGAUCCUUUAAAUAAAUAUAUAUAUAUAUAUAUAUAUUAGAUGAAAUCAAAAUCGUUAAUUGUCCUUUUAAAAAAACAUUCUAUCAAUAAAAAUAAACAUUUUCGCCAAAGAAACAAGGUCGAAAUACGACAAAAAAUUUUCAGCCUCCCAUGACACAUCCAAGUUAGGAUAGGAGCCUCAAAAAUUUUGUUCUUUAUUGCACAAUGAAACUGUACAAGUGGCGAGCUUAAUGCCAUAUGGCAUUCUCUACCAGCUAACCAUUGGGUAAAAACAGAAAGCGUAUGAAGAGCAGAGGUGGUGAAAAACAUGUGACAAUUAUUGUUAAAUACCAAAAUAAUUAUACAUAA